GCCGUGUCGUGUACCGGGAAGCCUCCCUGUACGCGUACGGCAGCCGUUCCCCACCCUCCCGAUUUCGUUAAUCCCAUCGCCUUCCGCCUGAUCCCUCUCGAGUCUCCUCCCCUCCCCUCCCGGCUCCCGGAUCCAACCACCGCAGCCCGCCCCUCGCCGCCGGCGACAAUGUCCAAGUACGGCACCAUACCCACCUCCUCCUCCUCCGCCGCCGCCGCGGGGGCGCCCCACCUCGGCGGCGCCUCCCCGCUCGACUUCAUCUCCCGCGCCAAGGCCCGCGGCGCCACGGCGCUGGCCACGCGCCGCCCGUGGCGCGAGCUCGCGGACCCGCACGCGCUCGGGCUGCCCCCGACCCUCGCCGACGCCUACCUGCGCGUGCGCGCCAACCUCGCCCACUUCGCCAUGAACUACGCCAUCGUCGUCCUCGUCGUCGUCUUCCUCUCCCUCAUCUACCACCCCGUCUCCCUCAUCGUCUUCCUCGUCUGCAUGGUCGCCUGGCUCGGCCUCUACUUCCUCCGCGACGACCCCAUCGUCCUCUUCGGCCGCGUCGUCGGCGACGGCGCCGUCCUCGCCGUCCUCGCCGCCGUCACGCUCGGCCUCCUCCUGCUCACCGGCGCCACCACCAACAUCCUCACGUCGCUGCUCGUCGGAUUCGUGCUCGUCGUUGUGCACGCCGCGCUGCACAGGCCGGAGGACAAUGUCGACGAGGAAGUCGGACGCUGGUACGCCCCAAUGCCGCAGCAGCCAUCGCACUAGUGACAUGAGUACAUUGAUUCUCCUGGCCCUAUCUUCUUUUCCAAGUAUUCCAGGAGUGUAAGUUCAGCAUUGUUGGCUCAGUCGUCAUGAAGAACUUGUAGCUGGUGGUUUGUUCGUAAUCUUCAUGACGCUGGGUUUUCAGAAGUUCUGGAUGCAGUGAUGAUGGAGUGUUGUAAACUGUAAAGAUUGCGGGCACUGCAAAGCUUUUCCCUUGUUCACAUGUACAAGUUUGGAGGAGAGGGGGAAAAAACUGCUCUUCCGGGUUUGAGAAUUCAGUUGGCCCAGAAACCUGUAUCAGUCAUGGCAUUUCUGAUCUCUCACCUGGUUUAUCUUCUACACGCCGUCUUGUUUGUAAGAGAUUGUCCCCGUUUCGUGCGAUCCUUGUGAUUACUAUGUCUACAGACAAGUUGGGCAUAUUGGAAACCAUUUCAAUGUAGGAACUGCACUCUGUUUUACGGCC